GUUUUGUUAUUGUUUUUUCUUAUGCAAUUUGCAUUGGUUGUAUCAACACAGCAGUGCAGUGUUCAUCCCUAUCCAUCUAUCUUAGGAAUAAUUAAAAGCUUGCAUGGGAUUAUGCAUUUAUAUUCGUAUAGUAUGUUAGAAGUCUUCGUGGAAUAUUGAGAGUGAGAGAGAGAGAGACCAUAUCUGAGAAUAAUCCUUUCGAAUUUUCAGCAUUCAUAUUUUGUUGAUAGCUCCUCUCUUCUUUUGUUUUGCUGUCGAGGAUUUCCGACCGUUGGAUUUCUCGGCGGAAGGAAUACUUCGAAUAACCACGUGGAUUGUUCUGUUUUCAGGCCUAUAUUUGACAGAAGAAGACAAUUCAGUUCUGGUUACACAAUUAAUUUCUUCUUUUCUCGGCGUCGGUUGUUGGUUUUUUUUUUUUUAAUUUUACUUUGAUCUCUUGUAAAUGAACGGUCGCAAGAUCGUGUGCCAUGAUCAGAAGCAAGGGUCUUUAAACGACUGUUCUUUUGAUUUCUAUGGCCGCCCUGGCGGUGAGAAUUUCGGUUCUAGGCCGCUCUGGAACAUGGGUUUUUCUUUCCAAUCUCCGGAGCUCAAUGCCCAGUCUCCUGAUUCAUUUUCAUGCUUCGACAGUGGCUCUCCACAGCCAGGCCUUGUUCCCAGCAACCCAUCUUCUAGUACUCCGAAUCAUGUCCAAUCUCAUAUGGGUUUUCCUCCAUACGUGUAUCAGAUUGGGACACUGCCUCUGUUCUCUCAUGGAGCUUCUGAGGCUUGCUUCCCCGUCAGCUUACCGAAUCAAACCGAUCUCGAUUCUCAAUCGUUUGACACUUUGCAAUCUGUUGUCAAGUCAAAUUGCAAUAAGAACUGUACGAAUUCCGGUGGCUGCCGUAGAAAUUGCCGAGGGAGUGAGGUCCUUCCAUAUAUGCAGUGUAAGAUGAUGGGGAGCGAUGAUGUAACAUUGGAUGUUAGACGAUUAAGUUCGAUUGAGGGAAUUCCCAAUCCUGGUGUUGGUUGUAAUCAAUAUAACUGCGAAAUCCCACAACCCAACUACCAAAUUUCAACGGAGAAGCAAAUUUCGAGGCCUAUGGGUGGGGUUUGUGUUGCUCCCAGCAAUGUUUCAUCAGGAGUGGCUGUCCCAAAUAAAACCCGGAUCAGAUGGACUCCAGACCUUCACGAGCGAUUCGUUGAAUCAGUAAAUCGCCUCGGAGGUGCAGAUAAAGCAACUCCAAAAGGGAUUCUGAAGCAGAUGGACUACGAUGGAUUGACCAUCUUCCAUGUGAAAAGCCAUCUGCAGAAAUAUCGAAUUGCCAAGUACAUGCCUGAUUCUGCAGAAGGGAAGUUCGAGAGGAGAAGUUCCCUUAAUGACAUACCACAGCUCGACCUGAAAACCGGUAUACAGAUCACAGAAGCGCUGCGAAUGCAACUAGACGUCCAAAGGCGUCUGCAUGAGCAGUUAGAGAUUCAACGAAACUUACAGAUGCAAAUAGAGGAACAAGGAAGGCAACUCCAGAGGAUGUUGUCCGAUCAGCAGCAGAAGACAAAGAAGAAUCUGUUCGAGACCCAAAACAUAGAUAUUCUUUUCUCUGACGAACAGCCAGUUUGCCUUGAAGAUGUUCAAGUUCCGAAUUCAAAUGCUCCCAUUUCCAAUCUAACACAUGGAUUGGAUAGUUAUAUAGAGAGUGUAUUAUUACAUACUCUGAAAUGAAAGGAUGAUAAUAAUAAUAAUAUAAGCAAAUACAAAGGCGUUUGGAUGGGAAGAUCCAAUCGAAUAUUUGUGCUCCGACAAGAAGAUUGCUCAAAUCGCUACAUUGUCACAAAUUGGACCGUCUAAAUUGUAGACCCUGUUCUGGGUGGAACUGGACAUGCCAAAAGAUAAUGGACACACUACAAAGCUCUGUAAGGAUAACCAAAGGGCUUAUUUGGUCCGCGGGAUUAAAUGGUAUGGAAUUGCAUUAAAUGGAAUUACCAC